AUGGAGAGCUGGAGACCCUCCACGCGUGGCCUGCUGGGAGGUGAGGAGCGACCAGCCCUGAUUGUUGGUGCCCCCAACUCAGACCUCAGGCCUAGGCCUCAGUCCUUGGCGUGGCGUAGCUGCAGGGGAGGCCGCAGCAGGGAAAAGGCGGACGGGAAGGCGGGAGAGGAGGAGCCUGAAAAGCCCCAGGGAGCUGGAGCCGCCGGAGGACCUGAAGAAGAAGCAGAAAAACCUGUGAAAACUAAGACUGUUUCUUCCAGUAAUGGAGGGGAAAGUUCCAGUCGCAGCGCUGAAGAACGAUCAGCUGAAGAAGAAGCUGCAGACCUCCCAACAAAGCCUACAAAGAUCUCCAAGUUUGGAUUUGCCAUAGGUAGUCAGACAACAAAGAAAGCAUCAGCCAUAUCCAUCAAACUUGGAUCAAGUAAGCCUAAAGAAACUGUUCCAACUCUUGCUCCAAAAACCCUUUCAGUAGCAGCAGCUUUUAAUGAAGAUGAAGACAGUGAACCAGAGGAAAUGCCUCCAGAAGCAAAGAUGAGGAUGAAGAAUAUUGGGAGGGAUACACCAACAUCAGCUGGACCAAACUCCUUCAAUAAAGGAAAGCAUGGGUUUUCUGAUAACCAGAAGCUAUGGGAAAGAAAUAUAAAAUCUCAUCUUGGAAAUGUCCAUGACCAAGACAAUUAAAUGAUGGGUUUUGAAAUUGGGGUGUGGGGU